GCCGAGAAUCAGGGGCGGUGAGACCCACCGUGAGUGGAGCGAGCGAGGCAGCCUCACUCCUCGCUCCAGUGGUAACUGAAGCUUAUAAACCUCACCCGGGCGACACCCUGCGGAGAGUAGAGAGAGGGGUUAGGUGAGAGAAGUAGAGGCUUUUUCUUGGGCAUGGUGGGGAACAGGCGGCUGGAGCUGCAGGAGAGGGACAGGAGGCGGCGGCAGCUGCAGGAGAGCGCGUGGCGGGAGGAGCAGGAGCGGGAGAGCAGGGAGGCGGCGGCGGCCGCCGCCAUGGCGGCGGCGGACAAGGAGAGGGCCAGGGAGAAGGGGAAGGAGAAGGAGAAUGGUGGAGAGGGCGGCAAGUUUGGCCAGCAAUUCGCCAGGGUGUUCCUACCGCAGCUCUACGGGGAGAGAUUGAAAAUUCCACCAUCAUUCAACCAGUACCUUCAGGAUCAGCCUACUGGAGUGGUUUCUCUAAAAGGUCAAAGUGGCAACACAUGGCUUGCAGAGCUGGCUUCAGACAAUGAAGGAUUGUUCUUUGUGAAGGGAUGGAAGGAAUUUGUCAGAGACCAUUCAAUUGAGAUGGGUCACUUCUUAACCUUCCGUUAUGAUGGACGCUCAAAAUUCUCAGUGGUUAUCUUUGAUGGAAUGUGCAUUGAGAAGCCUUCAGCUUUUCAUGCUAAGCCUUGCAAGAAUCUGGUUGUUAAAAUAGAAAGUGGUAAAGGGGACAUGGACAUCAAUGCAGCUGAUCCAUCACAAGCAUCGGCUGCCCCCUUGGAGGAGAGUAAUGGAACCACUAGGAAGAGGGUUACAGAAAUGGAUGCAGAUGGCUCUACAUCGAAGAACCGCUCUAGUAUCUUGGAAAACGGUAUGCCUGAAGCUUCGGCUGUUACAUGUAACGUGGCACCAACGAGCCUUAACGUGGACAUGAAUGCAGCUGACCCACCAGAGGCAGUGGUUGUUCCCUUAGAAGAGAGCAACCAAACCACUAGGAAGAGGAUUAGAGAAAUCGAUGCAAAUGACUCUGCAUUGCAGAAGUCCUUGAGGGUUAGAGAAAUCGAUGCAAAUGGCUCUGCAUUGCAGAAGUCCUUGAGGGUUAGAGAAAUCGAUGCAAAUGACUCUGCAUUGCAAAAGUCCUCGAGGGUUAGAGAAAUCGAUGCAAAUGACUCUGCAUUGCAGUCCUCGAGGGUUAGAGAGAUCGAUGCAAAUGAGACUGCAUUGCACAAGUCCUCGAGGGUUAGAGAAAUUGAUGCAAAUGACUCUGCAUUGCACAAGUCCUCGAGGGUUAGAGAAAUCGAUGCAAAUGACUCUGCAUUGCACAAGUCCUCGAGGGUUAGAGAAAUCGAUGCAAAUGACUCGGCAUUGCAGAAGUCCUCGAGGGUUAGAGAAAUCGAUGCAAAUGACUCUUCGUUGCAGAAGUCCUCAGGGCUUAGAGAAAUCGAUGCAAAUGACUCUGCAUUGCAGAAGUCCUCUAUUGCCUCAGACAAGGAUAAGAAAAGGUGUCCUGCAGCUUCAGUCGGUACUUACAAGUCAGCUUCAACAAGUCUUGACAGUACUGAAGAUUCUGAUUCCUCAAGCAGCAUGUUAGAACAAAGUAUCUCUUGCAUCAAGUCUGAAUUGACAUCACCCAUUCGGCUCGGAGUGAGUAAGGAUGUUGCUAGACGUGGUCAAAAUAGCGCGACGGGUAAGAGACAACUAAGAGUACUAUCACAAAGGCGACUGGUAACUGAAAUACAGAAGGACAAUGCUCUGCUAAGGGCAAAACAAUUUAAAUCCAAGAAUCCUUUCGGUCUUCAAAUAAUGAAGGAGUCUUAUGUAUAUGUGGGAUUUUUCUUGAAUCUACCCUGUGAAUUUGUAAGGGAGUGUCUUCCCCGUGCCCACAGGAAGUUAAAGCUCUGGAAUCCGCAAGGAAAGUCUUGGGAUGUUAACUAUGUCUACUACAGCGAACGCUGUGUUGGCGGUUUGAGUGGUGGCUGGGGCAAGUUUUCUCUAGACAAUAAUCUGGAGAAGUUCGACGUGUGCGUCUUCGAGCUCUUCUCGAAGGACAACAUAAAAGUACACAUCUACAGAGUCGUCCCAGAAAUAACCCCAUUCCUCCCUGGUCCUGGCAAGAAAUAACAGUCAUGUGCACAUGUUGAGACAAUGUUCUCUUCCAUUAUCUGAAAAAAUUGUCAGGGGUCUGUCUGCAAUUCCACCGAUCCAUGGCCCUAGAAGGCAAUAAGAAGAAAAUAUUCAAUUAUUGGUGACAUUUAAAAAAAAAUGACUCUCUAAUAAAUGUAGCUAUGUUCUUGUUGGAUUGUGGAGUAAAUCGGUUAGCCUCUGUCGUAUCUGUUCGAGAAUAAUCGUGUAGCAUUGCUGCCGUUUGUAAUUCUGCAUUAUAUGGCCAGAGCAUGCUAUUUCUACUAGGUUUUA